UAGUGGUGACCUACUCACUGUAGGCCUGGACUUAUCUUUCAAUUGACUCGUUCAGAUUUGCAAACGCAAAUUCGUCCCGUCCACUUGCCGACCCACUGGCCGUAUCUUUUCCAGAACGCUCGGCCUGCUUUUAUAUACUACAACAUCUCCGCCCCCGUGGCGGUUUUUUUCUCCACACACAUACACAACCUGGCGGAGUUCCUCUCUCUCUUUUCCAUUCUGUCCUGCAUUCCUCCCGAGAGAGAAGGUGAGACACUCGACUGACAGACACAACAAAAGAGCCCCCUGCUUCUUCCCUCGUCCUCACACAACCGAAGCUUUUUGUAUCACUGUCUCUUUCCCAUCAACACCCACCAUCCGCCCUCUUUCAGCUCCCAGGCGGUGGCGCUGCUACGAGAAAUAAUCGGCACCGCGUGCCUGAACCCGAGAUUCCAUACAGAACUGCAAAGAAUUUGUAUAUAACAUGUCGGACAUUAAAGCGCCUUUCGUCCCUGACUAUGCAUCUUACAACUGGACUGGAGCCCCAUCUAACUAUGACUCGCUGGCGACCAAUGAGCUGGGUGGCGAUUCCAGGGUGGAGAAUGUGAACAAGUGGUUUCAAUCCGGUGAUCAAGCGUACAUCAUCGUGGCUUCCGCCAUGGUCAUGGUCAUGAUUCCCGGUCUCGGUUUCCUCUACUCCGGUCUUGCUCGUCGUAAAUCAGCCCUGAGUAUGAUUUGGGCUUGUAUGGCUUCUUUCUCUGUCGUCACGUUCCAGUGGUAUUUCUGGGGCUAUUCACUUGCAUUCUCGCCUACGGCCACCAACGGAUACAUCGGGAACCUCCGUAACUUCGGCCUGAUGAAGACAUUGGCCGAUCCAAGUCCCGGUUCUGUUCUUGUGCCCAAUCUUCUCUAUGCCUUUUAUCAGAUGCAAUUCUGUGGUGUCACUGCUGCGAUUAUCAUGGGAGCUGUUGCCGAACGCGGACGCUUACUCCCGGCUAUGGUGUUUGUGUUCGUCUGGGCUACAAUUGUAUACUGUCCCUUGGCUUGCUGGGUGUGGAAUGUGAAUGGCUGGGCAAUGAACUAUGGUGUGUUGGACUAUGCAGGUGGUGGUCCAGUCGAGAUUGGUUCCGGUUUUUCCGCACUCGCCUAUUCAAUGGUGCUUGGUCGUCGCCAGGAGCGUAUGAUGUUGAACUUCCGCCCUCACAAUGUCUCUCUCAUUCUCCUCGGAACCGUUUUCUUGUGGUUUGGAUGGCUUGGAUUCAACGGUGGCUCAGCCUUUGGAGCUAAUCUUCGUGCUACUAUGGCGUGCUGGAAUACCAACCUGACUGCGGCUUUUGGGGCCAUUAGCUGGGUCCUUCUCGAUUGGCGCUUAGCGAGGAAAUGGUCCAUGGUUGGUUGGUGUUCUGGUACCAUCUCCGGUCUGGUUGCAGCUACCCCAGCAUCGGGCUUCAUUACCCCCUGGGCUAGUGUGAUUCUGGGUAUAGUCACUGGUAUUGUUUGCAACUACUCUACAAAGGUGAAAUACUGGAUUCGUAUCGACGAUUCCAUGGAUGUGUUAGCUGAGCACGGCAUCGCGGGUAUUGUCGGUCUUAUCUUCAACGCGCUUUUCGCCGACGAUGCGAUCGUAGGACUGGACGGAGUCAAUACUGGUAGCGGAAUGGGUGGAUGGCUGAUCCACAACUACAAGCAGCUCUACAUUCAAAUCGCUUUCAUUGUCGCCUCAGCCGCCUAUGCUUUCGUUGUGUCUGCCAUCAUUGCCUACGCCAUCAACGCAAUCCCUGGCCUGAAGCUGCGGGCUUCCGAGGAAGCCGAAUUGCUCGGUAUGGACGACGACCAGCUUGGCGAGUUCGCCUACGACUACGUCGAAGUCCGUCGUGACUAUCUUGCAUGGACCCCUCAGAAACAUGACCAGCUCGAAGAUGGCCACCAUAUUCCCGCUGCCGCUCGGUACGGCAUCGGGGAGCACAGCGAAAUGAUGCUUGAUGGCCACACUCCCAUUGGCAUUGACAGUCGUGGUUGCAGCGAAGGCGACUCCGGAAUCCAUGAAAUAAAGAUCGCACCGGCACCUGCGCCAGCAAUGGCACCUGCGCCACGUCAAGUUGCCGAACGACAUCCCGCUCACGAGGGAUCAAUACCGCCUAGUGUCGAGGACGAUGAGAAAGCACAGUAAUGUGCCAGGACUCUGGAUCUGUUCCAUUCUAUGAUUU